CUGCAUCUCCGCCUCUCCGCCUGCAUGCCUGCCUAUUUCCUCCUUUCCUCCUCUCUGUCCGGUUUAUCGCUCCCCCCCCCCAUCCACUCACCAUGGAUCCUGCUGUACCUGUCCGGAGUGUCUUCGGCACAUCCAAUCGGCAGGCCAACUCCACUGUUGCUGAUGGCGCCUCUGCCUUUCCCCACCUCGAGCCGGCCGGUCCGCCUCUCAAAAAGGCCCGCCCUGCCGCCGCCAUGUCCUCUCCCAUCGAAGGGUCUCCACACGAUUCCUCCGAUACCGUAAAGCGUCUGGCCCUUCUUUCGCAGAAGGCCAUCGGGCAGGUGCAAUCCCUGGAGCAAACGAAGGCCGAGCUCGAGCAGCGUGCCACCUCCUACAGCCACCAAAUCCAAGCUCUGACCGACUUGGCUGUGGAGGCCAUCACCGAGCGUAACAUCGCUGAGACCAUGCUCGCCAGCACUCAGACCUCCCUUUCAUCUUUGCGCAAGGAAAAUUCCGAUCUCUUCCAGCAGAUGGUCAGCUCCUCCACCGAGGUGGAACUCAUGCAGGCCGCGGCACGCCAGUUUGCCCUCAUCAACCGAAUUAUGUCCGACGAAAGCCAGGAUGCCGGGCCCGCCGCGACCCUGAAGCCGCCCGCCUCGCCGCGGCUCCUCGGAUCCGUGUCACCGCGCGUAGGUGGUCUCUCGCCACGCGUGGCCGCUCGGCCAGUGCGCCGGCUCACCUCGCCAGCCAGUGGAGAUGUCCACCCCCCCGGACGCCAUUCCACCUUCUCGCCGAUUGCUGCCUCCCCCCGGGCCGGGGCUCCCCGGGUGUCAAGCCUCACCAGCCACCGGACAACAUCCCUUGAUGCCCAGAGCCCGGGCCCACUCCUCCGGACUCCGGGGCCGGCGGCCACUCCUGCCGCCGCGGCCACGCCCGCUGUGGCAGCCACUCCGGGCACCGCGGCCACACCGACGGGGCUCCUGCUGCUCACUGGCGCCGAGGCGGCCAGUUCCUUCCGGUCGCCGCGCCUGCACGACCCUCUGGCCCAGCACUGCCCCACCACCAGCAGCACCAUGAGCCCGAUGUCUCGCCUUGCCAUGUCCAACAGUGCCAAGAAGGCCACCCUGCGCCAGCUUUCCAAUCAGCCAUCGCACCAGCCCGCGGAGGAGUCUCCCCGGCCGACCGGAGGCCUGGGCGUCCUGUUCCCCGGCUCUCCGACCACCCCCCAGACUGAGGCCCCGCUGCUGGCUGAUGCCCCGUCUUCCGGGCAGCGGCACGUGCUGGCCGAUAGCCCUGUCGCACAGGCGGCACUGCGUGCCGCCCAGUUGGCCUGUCGCGCUGUCGGCAAUCCACCCACCUAGUGUCCCGCCGAGCGCGCGGGAAUCGGGGCAUCCACAAUCUACACCCACUCUAUGAUAUA